AUGUUUCAAUCAUUUACAGGCAACGCUCGUCGUCCACGGCAGGUCAACCUCGGUGCCCGCAACCCAAAUCCAUUCGCUGCCUUCCCGUCGGGACGAACUGGCCAUGGCUCCGGCCCACAGAACACCCUCGCGAUCGCCCAGCAGGAACGUUUAGCGAGACAACAGGAAAGGGAUCGGUUAGGGGCCAGUCGACUCGUACAGCGGGCAUGGCGGGGCUAUCAGAGCAGGAAGAAUACACAUGGCACGUGGAGGACAGAAUGGGAUACCGUUGAACAAAAGAGGGCAGGGACUUUGUUGCCAUUUGACGAUGUGACAGGACAGACGGGGUUGGAUGUUGAGGCGUCGGUCCCGUACGCAUCGGCGGCUGGAUGUCUAUCGCAGCUGAGACUCUUGGUCCAGUUUCUGGAACCCUGGAAUAACGGUGAUGUCGUGCGAUUGGUGUACUUUGCCAAUGCAUUUCAGAAAACUUUGAACGAGAUUCUGACCAUUGCAACGGAGGGAGAAUGGACCACCCCGCUCACACGUUUGGCAAAGCUGACUCUCCGGGUGCUGCGCUCGGCCCCGUCGUCGAGAGUACCGGCGUUUGCUUCGAGUCAUUUGUUGCAACUCUUGGCUUUCCUUACGAACUUAAUACCCAAGAUCAUGGCACUGCUUGCCCAAGAGUACUAUUCUGUCAUGUCACUGUUGACGACAAAUAUCGAGCCUCUCCGUCGAUCGAGCUUAUCCCCCGACCACCUUGUCCAAAGCAUCCUUGCCCUCCUUCGGCCGAUUACAUCCGAGACACUUACUGCAUACGAGUGGUUCGCCAGAAACUAUCUUGUUAUUUCAGACCUGCCUUCGUAUUUAGGGACACUUGAUGGCUUGGCGAACAACAUCAACUACAAACUGCUCGCGUUGGCUCUGGGACCUUUGGAUACUCAGCUUAAGAGUCGUCCAUCAAAUGAUGGGGAUGUUGAGGCUCGACUCUGGUUACUUGCAUACUUCAUUUACUUCCAUCGAUACGCGUUGGGAAGCCAGGCAGGACACCAGGCACCGGAACCUGGCUUUGUGAAGGUCGUGUCGGAAUUGUUGAACUCAACAGCAGUGCAUGUCUCACAACGGCUGGAAUUGGAGGAGGUGGGUGAUCUUGAUGAGAUUAUGGCGAAAGAACCACUGCCCCCACUUGUCAAAGAACAGCUGUUCAGCCUUAUCAAUCAGAGUAACAUUACCGGACUUCUGUCUCAGCUUCACUCAACGCAAGGAGAAUUGGCCAACGCUGACUCGGUCGCUUCUCGCGAAGCCAAGACUCUUGCCACUUAUGCUUUGACGCUUCUGAGAGUUUUCCCUCGACGUGGCGACGACAUCCGGAUGUGGCUCUACUUGGGUUCUGCUACUUCAGGCGAGUCGGGAUCAAGAAUUCCAGCAAUCAAGUAUUUCUGGCAUGCAUCGCGGUCGAGCAGGAUAUUUGCAGCGAUUUGUCAAGAUUCUACCAAGGUGCUCCCCUUGUUGAAACCUACCAGUGAAGCGGAUUCGAAAUAUUCAACAAUCCCUCAGAGCGAAAGGGACGAAGAAUGGACGAUUAUCCUACUUUUUCUCGAGCUCUAUACGUUUGUUCUGAAAGUCAUGGAUGAUGACGAGUUUUUCUCCAGUGAAUCUUCGUUCACGGCCUCUUCGAAUACGAAAGUAUCCUGGACCAAGGAAAGUGCUCUGCCAUUGGGAGAAAUCAAGGACAUGACCAUUUUUCUGAAAAACCUAGCAUUCACGUUGUACUGGAACUCAGCGGAUCUAAACGAAGACGAUACCAGGCAAUAUUCGGGGGACAUCCGGAGUUAUUUCACCUCGUUAACACCUCCAUCCGAUCAGAUUACCAGCACCAAGGAUAUUGAGAUCAAGAACAAAGAAAAGGGUCUUCCUGGGGUCACCGGUAUACCGCUUGACUAUUUCAAGGGUCUUGUUACGGGAUUGUUGAGAAUGAUCCACGAACGAGACUCGAGACGUAAAUUCCUUCCCGACGACCAUUGGCUGAUGACGAAUCGCUUUGAUAUGGAAGGUUUCAUCCCCGCUGUGGUUGCAGAAGAAGAGAACCGUCAUCAACUUCAGGAUGACGAGGACGACGAGGACCAAGGCGACUUAAUGAACGAAACCUAUGAACCAUCUGGCUUAAUCGGCACUGGCCGUGCUCAGCAGACGCGACGUAUCGAAGCUCUCAGACGCCGUCAACAUCAAGCCGCCCGUAGAAAACAACUGGAAUCAGUGGCACCUCGACUUGAAAUCCUUAGGAACAUGCCAUUCUUCAUUCCUUUUCCCACGAGAGUACAGGUUUUCCGGGAAUUUAUCCAUCGGGAUCAAAUGCGUCGGAGACACGGGGCCAUUGACCCUGAUAUUUGGCGGAUGUCUGUUGCUCAGGCCUCGAUGGGACGUAUGGAUGGUCGCGAUUUAGGCCAAGAUGUCCUGACCCGACAACACGCAGAUAUCAAGCGCGAGAGCAUAUUCGAUGAUGCCUACGAAAAAUUUUAUGACUUGGGAGAAGGCUUAAAAGAGCCUAUUCAGAUCACUUUCAUUGACAAGUUUAACAACCCGGAAGCGGGAAUCGAUGGAGGUGGUGUGACCAAGGAGUUUUUGACCAGCGUUACUCACGAGGCCUUUAAAUCAGACCGAGAGUCCCCCUUGUUCGGAGAGAACGAUGACCAUCUCCUGUACCCCAACCCCAUGGCCGUCGAGCAGCGGAGGGAGCUGCUUCGACAGUCAGGAUAUCUGGAGCGCAGUGCAGAGUGGAACGAGCAGGUGCGAGACUUGCUGCGGCGAUAUGAGUUCCUCGGGCGAGUUGUUGGAAAGUGUCUUUACGAGGGCAUUCUUGUUGAUGUUCACUUUGCACCGUUCUUCCUGCUCAAGUGGGCUCUGACGGGCGGAACUGGUUCGGCGCAGAAGGAGUCAGCAUACCGAGCUAACCUCAACGAUAUGAGAGAUCUUGACCAAGGUCUCUAUCAAGGAUUGUUGCAAUUGAAAAAUUAUCCUGGCGACGUUGAAGACUUUGCGCUGAACUUUACCAUCACUGACACUGUUUCCCUCCCGAAUUCUGGCAGCCGCACAAUUACUCGCGACUUGAAAUCAAAUGGAUCAGAUAUCGCUGUUACGAAUCAAAACCGACUGGUGUACAUUUCGUACAUUGCCCGGUACCGUCUCCAGGCACAACCAGCCCUCCAGACAAACGCCUUUUUGCAAGGACUUGGACAGAUUAUUCAACCCUCGUGGCUCUCGAUGUUCAACCAGGCCGAGCUACAGACUCUGGUGAGCGGCGAGUCGGGUGAUAUUGACGUGGCAGACUUGCGGCGCAACACGUUGUACGGAGGAGUGUACGUCAUUGGAGACGACCAGCAAGAGCACCCAACAAUCAAGGUGUUCUGGGAGGUGAUGUUCAACAUGACGAAUGAGGAACGCCAGAAGGUGUUGAAGUUCGUGACUUCUACUCCGCGAGCACCGCUUCUGGGUUUCAGUCACCUUAACCCCCGGUUCAGCAUCCGCGACUCGAGUGAGGACCAGGAACGUCUUCCCAGCACCAGCACCUGCGUGAACUUGUUGAAACUGCCACGUUAUUCGAACGCGGAGACGCUACGGGAGAAGCUUCUAUACGCGGUCAACUCAGGAGCUGGAUUUGACUUGAGCUGA